CCAUAAAAAGCCUCCCUUCCACCUCUAAAGGGACCUCCUGCCUGCCUGCAGCACCAGUGACCAGCCACGCUGGGGAAGCACAGGAGAGGAGCAGAUGCAGCCAGCUCGGGAGGAGAGGCCUUGGCCAUGCAGCAGCGGCAAACAGCAGAGGAGGUGGCGGCUGGGUUGUGGAGAGUUGCUUGGAGCAGGAGAAGGUGGCCCAUUUCCCAUGGCCGCUGCAGAGGGACGCAGAGAGGAGGAGAGGACGUAGCAGUAAGAAAUCAUGGUGCCGUUUAAAGGAAGCAUCCUCCGUUCAUGACAAAUGACUGAUUUCAACAGAUCAGGGUUCCCCACUGAAGAGACACAUGCAGUAAGAGCCAGUGCUUCCCAUCAAAGAGUGACACCCCUUCAUGCCACACAAUAUCGCACAGCAGGAAAGAAAGUGCCAGCAGAGGACAGGAAAUGCAGAGAAUCAGCUGCCUCCUCACGGGAUUUGUCUUAAUCCUUGGUGUGACCAGCACUGAGCGUUUUGCCCGGUCAGGCCGCAGGGUGUGCUCUGCAGAGAUGCAGACCGGAGCCGCUUCCUAUGUGGAGUCCCACGUGCAGCCUGUCUACCAGCCCUACCUCACAACGUGCCAGGGACACCGGCUCUGCAGUACGUACAGAACCACAUACAAGGUUGCCUAUCGCCUGGCCUACAGGAGAUUUUCCCAGCCCAUCUAUAGGUGCUGCCCCGGAUGGAGACGGGCAAACGUCCAUGCAGUCGGAUGCAGCAAAGCCAUUUGCAGGUUGCCUUGUCAAAACGGUGGGAGCUGUUCAGCCCCAGACAGAUGCAUCUGCCCCCCAGGAUGGAUGGGGAAAUCCUGCCAGACAGACGUGGAUGAAUGCACUGGCCCGAGUCACGGCUGCAGCCAGCAUUGUGUCAACACGCCUGGGAGCUACGGCUGUGCCUGUCGGGCUGGGCAAAGGCUCUCCGCCGAUGGGAAAUCAUGCCAGGCUUCGGAGCCACCCACUGAGACAGAGGCCUCCCCCGCCCUCAACCGAUCAGGCGCCUCCAAUGAAAUGAAGGAAGAAAUGCAAGCCCUCCGGAGCCGGGUGGAAGUGCUGGAGCAGAAACUCCAGUUACUGUUGGCUCCAUUCCAUAACCUCAUGCCAUCGGCAGCAGAUGACGUCAGCACAGACCCCAUCAGCCAGCUGUUCUACUCCCUGCGGCAGCUGGAUAGAAUCGAGUCCCUGAGUGAGCAGAUCUCCUUCCUGGAGGAGCGACUGGAGACAUGUUCGUGUAAGAAUGAACGCUAAUAGUAAGAGGAGCAGCACUUCAUUGUGGGAGCAGAGUGAUUGGUAACCCUGGAUUUCCUAUCUCAGCACCUCUUGACCCAGCCUGCCGCAAGAGGCCCUGAUGCCUUCAGGACCACGUGGGAGAGAGCCGUAAAGAGCUUAUUUUGAUACGAAGGGCCCUAGUGUGUUUUUCUAAGAAUUGAGGUGCUUGGAGACUGAUUUUAAAUUGGACUUACACCUUUGCCAUAAGGGCAAAAGCUAUGAGAUGCUCAGGGUUAUAACACUUUCUUCCAGGCGCUUGGCCCACUGGCACAGCAUCAGCCAGUGCCCUACAAGAGACUUGCUCAAAGUGAAACCAUGUGGUGCUUAAUUUGUUUGUGACUGUAAGGGAGGUGAAAUCUUGGGCCAGCAGUUAAUCGUGUGGUACAGCAGCAGGAGAUGAUCUGUGCAAGCAGCAGCUUGUUUAGCUUAGACGCCUCUGUUCUUAGAGAACUAGAUAGCCAGACCUUGCUCUUGCUGACACCCAGUGGAAAGUUUUGCCUAAUCACACAUUGCUUCACUAUUAGAGCAGAGGGGAGAUAGGAGGGCUGUUUUCCACCAUCUCCGUUUUACAUAUGCCUGAAAUUCAAAAUGGACCAAGUUAAAGCUGGUCAGUAAAACCUUCCUCCAUUUGAAAUGCUAGAGGGGGUGGGAAGAGGAUAGAUAUAAUUCCUUUGCUUCUUAAAAAUCUGCUUUAUUUACACACUGAAGCCUGGCACACUUGCUUGUCUAUGUGACAAGAUAACCAGCCAGUUUUGCCGGCUAAACCAGUCUUGGCUCAGCCUGGGAGGAGGAGUGGCAGAACAGCUGUAUUUAAAGUAGGAACGGAUGCACAUUGCCCAGUUGCCCUGGGUGAAGCCUGCAAUGCUCAUGCCUCUUUGCAUAGUUAUCUCAAGGCUGCUGGAGGAAAGAUCCUAAUGUUUCUAGAGAAACGACGAGUCUAUGGUACAAUGCUUUCCUACCUGUAAACUGCCAGAGACUUGAGGUCUAUUAGCCAAGCACUGUGUAGGGUGGUGCAGUUUUCGUAUUAAAGUUAUGUCCUGUACAGCUCUUGGGUAUGGGCUUGUCAUUGGUUGAUCAAGAUGCUGAGCCAUGAAUUAGGCGCAGUGGAAUCCAGUUUAAGGGUGUUAUUCUACCCUAGGUCAUGACUUCACUCAUGGGAGCUUAACACCAUAGUUACUGCUGCAGCACCAGAGGUAGGCUGGGGAGGUUAGCAACUUCCUUGUGCUUGUAGCCAAGGUGCAACUUGAUGUAAAUGCACACUUACCCGGGUAGAAAGCUGCAGGUAGAGAUGUCUGCAUUUCUCCACACCUCCUGCCUAUGGCAAGGGGAACAGUUGCAGUAGCAUCUCUUCUCUGCCUGAAGGGGGUCCACCAGGAAGCUGAGGGUACAAACAACUGUGUAGGGAACAUGACCAGCCCCUCCACCCAUAUAUAGGAACAUGGACACUAGAUGCCCUCAAGUUACUGGAACCCUUUAGAGUGGUCACCAGCUCUGCUUGAGUCUAGUGGAGGGCCUGCUGCCAGAUGUGCCUACAGCCUAUUCCUUGGUCCUGGGGAAAUAGGGGAGCAGAAGGGAAGGGCUGGUAAGGAAGUGACUCAAGACGAGCAAAUCUUUUCUGCUCAUAUCUCCUGCCGGUGCUUUGAUAGGGAGGAGAGGGUACUUACCUUGUAUAUCCUCAGCCAUCUGCAACUGGCCCAUGGGAUGCGAAUCCAAAAUUUGUAUCUGUCUAGGGCUCUACACACCACACUGUGUAAACAAGUCCUCACUGUAGAAGCUUGGACAAAAACCACCUUUUACUCCCUGAUGCAGGAGUCAUUCGUACCAGCUCGUUAGCAGCAGGAAGCUCACUCCAGCUUUCAGUGCUUGGUUACGAGAACACUAACGAUUUUCUACAAAAUUGGUAAUUAGGCAGGAUCUCUGCAGUGAUCCUUACGGCCAUACAAUCUUUGUGCACAAUAAGUGUCAAACUAACAUGUA